CCUGUGUGGGUAGUAGUGAUUGCAGUUGAUGGUGUGAACGAUCCAAAACAAAAGAAUCCGGUGCACUUUCGAUGGAUGGUAUUAAUCCACUGAAUUCUCAGAAAAUUCCAGUCCCGGCCAUCUAUUCCAGGAGCAUGCAGUAGGUGGCACCUAAAAGCUCUUUGGAAGCGAGCAGGCGCCAUUUAAGCGAAAGCAGCCGCCGCUGCAGCAGCUGGCACAGCGCAGAAGUGGGUGAUUGAAGACGGAGAGCGAGAGGAGGAAGGCCGGGCUGCGCGGCGCAGGGCGAGGUGUUUCCAGAUCACCACAAAGCAAGGUUCCUGAAAAAGAAGUCUGCUUCCUUAGGUGCUUCCUGGUUGCGAGCCGGGGUGUCGAGCAACAUGCCGGAACAGAGCAACGAUUACCGGGUGGCCGUGUUCGGGGCAGGUGGCGUUGGCAAGAGCUCGCUGGUCUUGAGGUUUGUGAAAGGCACGUUCCGGGAGAGCUACAUCCCCACGGUGGAGGACACCUACCGGCAGGUGAUCAGCUGCGACAAGAGCAUCUGCACACUGCAGAUCACGGACACCACGGGCAGCCACCAGUUCCCCGCCAUGCAGCGGCUGUCCAUCUCCAAGGGCCACGCCUUCAUCCUGGUGUACUCCAUCACCAGCCGGCAGUCGCUGGAGGAGCUCAAGCCCAUCUACGAGCAGAUCUGCGAGAUCAAGGGGGACGUGGAGAGCAUCCCCAUCAUGCUCGUGGGCAACAAGUGUGACGAGAGCCCCAGCCGCGAGGUGGAGAGCGGCGAGGCCGAGGCCCUGGCCCGCAGGUGGAAGUGUGCCUUCAUGGAGACCUCGGCCAAGCUCAACCACAAUGUGAAGGAGCUCUUCCAGGAGCUGCUCAACUUGGAGAAACGCAGGACCGUGAGCCUCCAGAUCGACGGGAAGAAGAGCAAGCAGCAGAAAAGGAAGGAGAAGCUCAAAGGCAAAUGCGUGGUCAUGUGAGGCCCUCCCGUGCGGGCAGCAGGGGCCCGUGCCCCCGCCCCGCCCCCAUCCCCUUCCCACGCGACCCCCCGUCGUCAGGGCAGCAUGUGCGAUGCCCACGUGUUCGCUAGCGCAUUUUGACAGAGACGUGCCCCGUUGUCCCUGAGAGGGCACUUCACGCCACCGCCCGUAAGCACCCCCUCUGCAGAAUCGGGGAUUCCGCCCAGCAGCUGAAAUGGGAACCCAUGCACCCUGCACCCCAGGGCACCUGGUGGGGGGGCUGGGCGUCUCUGAAGGCGGGUCUGCCCUGUGCAGGGGGUGGGGAGGCCCACUGGGCUCUCACCCGCGGGAGCAAUCUGAGUGCAAGACUAGGACCCAUUUGCAUGCUUGUGAGAGCAUGUGACCCUGGAGCUAC